CGCCGCGGGUGGUACCUUUCGCGGCGUCUGCAGGCGUCCUUUGGAGCGGUGCCCGCGACCGGAAUGAUGCUGGGUCGGAGUCCCCUCACCUGUAUUCUCCUGGUGGCGGUAGCCACCUGUGCCGUGGCGCAGCACGCGCCGCCGUGGACAGAAGACUGCAGAAAAUCAACUUACCCUCCUUCUGGACCAACCUUUAGGGGACAAGUUCCAUGGUAUACCAUAAAUCUUGAUUUACCACCCUACAAAAGAUGGCAUGAAUUGAUGGUUGACAAGGCAGCAACGGUAAAAGUUCUAGUGAAUUCCUUGAAGAAUGUAGUAAAUGCAUUUGUGCCAAGUGGGAAAAUUAUGCAGAUGGUGGAUGAAAAGUUGCCUAGUAUGCUUGGCAACUUUCCUGGCCCUUUUGAAGAGGAAAUGAAGGGAAUCGCAGAUGUUACUGGUAUACCUUUAGGAGAGAUUAUUUCAUUCAACAUUUUUUAUGAAUUUUUUACCAUGUGUACUUCAAUCAUAACAGAAGACAAAAAAGGUCAUCUACUGCAUGGGAGAAACAUGGAUUUUGGAAUAUUUCUUGGGUGGAAUGUAAAUAAUAAUACCUGGACUGUAACUGAGGAUCUAAAACCUUUAACAGUAAAUUUGGACUUCCAAAGAAACAAUAAAACUGUCUUCAAGGCUUCAAGCUUUGCUGGCUAUGUGGGCAUGUUAACAGGAUUCAAACCAGGACUGUUUAGUCUUACACUGAAUGAGCGUUUCAGUAUAAAUGGUGGUUACCUGGGUGUCUUAGAAUGGAUUUUGGGAAAGAAAGAUGCCAUGUGGAUCGGGUUUAUCACUAGAUCAGUUCUGGAAAACAGCACAAGUUAUGAAGAAGCCAAGAAUAUACUGACCAAGACCAAACUAUUGGCUCCAGCGUACUUUAUCCUGGGAGGCAACCGGUCUGGGGAGGGUUGUGUGAUCACCCGGGAAAGAAAAGACGCUCUGGAUGUUUAUGAAUUGGCUGCUAAGCAGGGGAGAUGGUAUGUGGUGGAAACAAAUUAUGAUCGUUGGAAAAACCCCCUCUUCCUUGAUGAUCGCAGAACACCUGCCAAGAUGUGUCUAAACCGCACAACCCAAGAGAAUAUCUCAUUUGCAGCCUUAUAUGAUGUCCUGUCAACAAAACCUGUCCUCAACAAGCUGACAGUAUUCACAACCUUGAUGGAUGUUACCAGAGGUCGUUAUGAAACUUACCUGCGGGACUGCCCAGACCCUUGCAUAGGUUGGUGAGCACGCAAGGGGCCGACAGACCAUGCUCUGAGACGUGAGGCUGAGAUCACAAGCGUGCCUGGGCAGCGUCCCAUCUCCUUCCAGGGCCUGAGUCUCAGGUCAGGUUCCCUGAAGUCAUGAGCUUGUCUUCUCAAGUGGUUUACAACUUCUGCACUGUUUUUGCCAGAUCAGUUGAUUUCUUCUUAUGAACAGGUAAAACAAUCUUCUAGAAAUUUGAUGCCUUCCAUUUUACUUUGACAUUUGGAGAUGGGCCAUUAAACCCUGUGAGACCCAUCUCCACGGAAUAAUCCAGGGUUGUCUAGGUGUCUGCUGUAGAACACCUGCAGGUGGAAUGUGUGAGUAAACAGCCCACGUGAUUCAGUUUUUCACUUCUACUCUUGUAGAUGGAUGCUUUCCUAAGUACCAGUCUUAGCCUGCUGCUCCUAACCACUGUUAAAGUUACUCUGCUAUUAGUGACAGCAAUAUAAUUUUACCACAUUUGACUGGGGGAUGAAACAUUCAACUGUGUGUUUCUUUUAAUGGUCAAUAAAUGGGCCUCUGACUGUGUAAGUGGUACUUCUGGAAGGUUCAUGAAGUAAGCACUGUGCAAGGCAGUCUUUUACACAAAGUACCACAGUGUUCCCUUUAGCAUAAUUAUUCUACCUCCCAGUGACUUUAAAAAUUGAGUCCUUGAUUCUAUGAAUUAAUAAGUAAACUUGUCUACAACCUAUAUAAAAUAGGAGGUGAACUCAUUAAAUUCUCAUAAGUAUCAUCUAUCUAAUAAAUAAAUUUUUAGUUUUUACUUCUGAUUAACAUGUAUUUUUUUAAAAAAUUUAUAGAACAGUUGUUAAAAAUGUUUUACAGAAAUCAAUCUACUUAUGAAAAACACUAAUGAGACCUGUUAAUCUGUCUAACCUUUACAAUUAACUGUGAAAUAUGUGCCAUUUGUGCAAGAUUGUGUCCAUAUCAUUUUGUAUGAUCUCAGCUGUAUCCUGGUACUCAAUAAACAGCCACUGGAAACAGUGUCA